CGUAGGCAGCCGGCGGCCGCUCCCAGCCCUCGGCCUCCGCGGCCUCCGGGAGGCGCGGCGGCGGCCCGGCGCUGCCCGAUGGGCGGCCUGCUGAGCGGCGUCAGCUUCAAGGAGCCCACCACGGUGGAGGACUGCGACUCCACCUGGGAGACCGACUCGGAGCCCGAGGCGCCGGAGCCCGGCGGGGAGCCUCGGCGCCAGCAGCAGCAGCAGGAGGGGGUGUGCACCGCCGCGGGAGGCGGGGAAGAGCCGCCCGCCGCUGACGACCGGCCCGAGGAGCCUCCGCGGCCGCCGGAACAAGGGGAGCGAGCCGAGGGGGACGCCGGCGGCCCCGAGCAGAGCGGUGAUGGAACAGAGCUGACAGCCAAGCCAAAGAGAAGCUUCUAUGCAGCAAGGGAUUUAUACAAGUACCGACAUCAGUAUCCACAGAACUUUAAAGAUCUUCGAUACCAAAAUGACUUGUGCAAUCUCCGCUUUUACAAAAAUAAAAUCCCUUUUAAACCUGACGGAGUUUAUAUUGAAGAAGUCCUAAACAAAUGGAAAGGAGAUUAUGAAAAACUGGAACAUAACCACACAUACAUACAGUGGCUUUUCCCUCUGAGGGAACAAGGUCUGAACUUCUAUGCGAAAGAAUUAACUACAUAUGAAAUUGAGGAGUUCAAGAAAACAAAGGAAGCAAUUAGAAGAUUCCUUUUGGCUUACAAAAUGAUGCUGGAAUUUUUUGGAAUAAAAUUAAUUGAUAAAACUGGAAACGUAGCACGAGCUGCUAACUGGCAAGAAAGAUUUCAGCAUUUGAAUGAGUCUCAACACAACUACUUGAGAAUCACUCGAAUUCUGAAAAGUCUUGGUGAACUUGGAUAUGAGAGUUUCAAAUCUCCCCUGGUAAAAUUUAUUCUCCAUGAAGCUCUUGUGGAAGAUACCAUUCCCAAUAUUAAGCAAAGUGCUCUAGAGUAUUUUGUGUAUACUAUUAGAGACAGAAGAGAAAGGAGAAAGCUCCUGAGAUUUGCGCAGCAGCAUUAUACACCAUCAGAGCAUUUUAUCUGGGGACCCCCAAGAAAACAGAAGUCAGAGGGAGGCAAAACAAAUAAAAAGCCAGCAUCUCCAAUUUCUGUGCACAGUAGUUAUAUUUCUAAGCAUAAGAAACUGAAAGAGCCUAAGAGUACAUCCACAAGUGGAACCUCAGCUAGUAAAGCAACUGAAGAGAGAAAAGUAGAACUCACAAAAAAUGGAGAAGAAAAUGAUCAGGAUGAACAAGAAAUGAACUGUGAUGCUGUUAAGCAGAGCAGUGAAAAGAACAGCGGUGCUGACAGUGGCCAGCUUUCAAAAUCAGAAGCAAUUCACGAUCCUUCGGACAAAAAAGAGGACACUUCUUAUUCCAAAAAGGAUGAUGAAAAUAUGAACAAUGACUGCAGAAAUCACCCAGACAAAUCUUUAUGUGACCCUGAGAAUUGUUCAAAUAAUGUGUCGUCAGAUCUACAAGAUAACCUUGAUGAGGAUACACCUUCAGGGGGAACCACCACAAAAACCAAGGAUGAGAUCAAAUUAUGAGUCUGAGGUUAAAAGUCUUUGUUUCAUAACGAAUGAAGCAAAUUAUUCAUCACUUCUUCAUUCUUGGUGAAAUUUGCAUCUAAUCUAGUAUAAAAUGUUCAUGCUUGUUGGGAAUGCAUCAGAUUAGGCUUCUGUUACGCUAAUGUAUUUUGCUUUUUUUAAUCUCUGUUUGUCAGAUGAGAAUCAAGUGUAGCUAUUUAGAAUUAUUGUGUAAAUUCAAAGCCUGGGAAUUCAUUAUGCUUUCCAGACAUUGCAUAGCAGGAAAAAAAAUAGCACUUUUUCCCAUUAAAUUAAUCCGGUGUUUAUUUAUUUAUUUAUGUUAAAUGUAAUUUUCUAGUAAGUCUUAGAGCAUCCGAAUUGAAGUUUCUUUUAAUAUGCUUUCAAUGUUGAUUUCUUUUUGUGAAAUGACUAGAAAUUAUUUCAAAAACAAAAUUUUUCACAAGUGGAUUUUCCUUAGGAGCUAUGUUUAUUUCUAAUGGCAGCAUUUGCACAGCUUCUUUUACCUUAGAUUAGCACCCUUGUCUGAGACAAUAGAUCUUGAAACAUCCUAUGCAGCUGGAUAGCCAAUACAUCAAAUAAAUGUUUAAGUUACAGUAAAACUGUACACACAGCUUUUGGGUGCAAGGAAAGUUGCACUUUAUCUUUUAGUCUCUUUAAGGUUUCCUCAUGCCUCAUUUGCCACUUCUGCUGAUUUGAGUUGUGAGGUGGAGUCAAUCUUAGGUUUGGUCUCAGUAUGAAAGUUCUUUAGCUCUCUGUCAUCAUCUCUGUCAUCAGCUGGCUUUAGCAGCUGGGAAGCCCCUCUCCCUAGGGAUCAACCACCAGCAGCUCAAAAGCAGUUCUGUUUUUUUGUUUUGUUUUGUUUUUCCCCACAGGAAAGCUACUUAGCCAUCAGAGCCAUUGGAGGAAAUGUCACCUGGCCUGUCCAGCUGAAUCUGAACUAAAUUGGGUGGUCUGUACAAUGCAGAAUCUCCUGAUGCUGGCCUGUGGAAGAAAGCCAGUCCAACUGGUCUAUGAGUGAAAGGAAUUUCAAAUCUUUUCUCUCUGUCAGAGGUUUUUCACUUUUUCAUGUUAUUUAAUAGGCUGAGAACUGAGAAAAGACUGUCUGGCAGGCUGACUAGAGCAGGUAGGAAUUUUGGUUUUGUUCACUUAAGGACCACGUGAUUUUCCUGAGCAUCUUUUUCUAACUUCAUGCCAUUCAGUCAAGCAAGAUGCUACCCAGCAAGUUAAUUGUAUACCAUAUGGAUUAAAAUGUAGUGUAGGUAGAACUCAUGCUUUCUACAGUGCUAAAAUAGUCUACUAUAUGUAUUUUCUAUUUUAAAAUGUAUAUAUUAUCCACUGCCUUUGAUGUAUUUUUGAUGAAAUAUUAUAAAGCAGGUACCUGACUAUGGUUUGAGUAACAGAGUGCUGCAAGACUUCAUUCAAGCCUUGUAACUUAAAAUGACUGUCUUCAGGGGUUUAAAAACGUAGAUGGAAUGUCCUGUAUUUUUCUCUAUCACUAAUUUCCUUUAUGGCAGUGCAUCAUCUCUUUCUUUCCCCAGGUAGCUUUUUUUCUUGGGGUCAAACAGAGUUGCAAUUAGAGAUCUUGGCACCUAUGGAGAAAGAUUAAGCUCUUUCCAUCCAAACGAAACAGAGGAAAGUUAUAUUUCUACUUUUUCUGUGCUUUUUUGUAAGGAAAGGAUUGUAUGUAAAUCUUUGUUUUCAGUUUUGGUUGGUUAUUUGUUUGUUUGUUUUUUAAGGGUAGCCCAGGUAGCUCAACAGGCAUUGAGUCUGAUUGGAAAUGUGCAAGAGAAUUCCAUCAUAGUCAGUGUUUCAUGAAAGAUGACAACUUAGUUGGUGCUGAGAAUGACCUUCAAAUUGUCCUGGUCUUGAACCAGGGUCCUCCUUUUCAUGCUUGUCCCUGACCUUCUGAGCAGAAGAGGGCAGGAAAUGCUUAGAUAAAAUUAGUCCAUGUAGUUAAAGACUCCAACCCUACGCAUACACUCAGAGAGGACAGUUCUGUGUUCUGCCUAUGACUUUUUAAAUCUUGAGUGCCUAGCCAUGCCAACUUAAUAGCGUUGUUUUAACACAGUUAUUACUUGAAUGGCAUAGGAAAAAUUUACACUGUGUAUGAAGAAGUAUAAGCUAGUAUUACAGAACCUUCAGUUUCUAGACUUCAGUAUUGAGAUUAAACAUUUUUUAAAAAAAUUGCAUAGUGUUCAAGUGGGAUAAGAGUCAGUAGGGGUUUUAUUAUAUUUAUAUUGUAAUUUGAUUGAUCUCAGGAGAUUUGUCUUCAUUUGACUUCUGAACACAAUAGAAAGAGAAAAAUAGCUCUUUAACCAGAAGGCUGCUUGUAGCUUUCUGUGGGAUGCACACCCAAAAAACUGCACUGCAAUGUAUUAUUCUGUUAUUGUCACAUGUCUUGCAGCUACCCUGCAUGUGCCUGCUGGUUGUCCACUCUUAAUUAAGUACUUAAUGUAAAAGUUGACUUUUUUAUUGGCAGUUGUAUGCAUUCAGGGUAUCUGAAAAUAGAAUUGAGAACUUUGCAACUUGUACCCAUAUUCACUUUUUUUUAAAUCCCCAUCUCAGUAUAUUUCUAUCAUUGUUAUUAAAGAGAAAAGUGAUAACAGCAGUGACAUGUCAACUAGCUGUGAAGAACUUUGGCAUGAGAAAAGUUUUCUGUGUCAGCUGGCCUCCUUCAUUCUGUAAACCGUGUCUUAUAUCUGUGUCAGCAGACUGAAGUGUCUCCCAUGAGACUCUUCAGCUUUAAGUGACAAAUUUGCUCUGCGUAAAAUGUGAUGGUGUAUCAUUAUUUUCAUAGAGGAGUUGUUUCUUCUGAUUUUGCAAGUGCUUGAAUGAGGGAUUCAUUGCAGAGCAAUGUGUAGCAUCCCACUGAGAUUUUUGAGGACCAAAUGGGUGCGAUGCAUUUUAUUACAGACUUGUGUCCUUGGCAGCUAGGAGCACCCUGUGCUUGUUUGUAAGUAUUGGCUUUCAGGUUUUCAAGAAUUCACAUGAAUGCCAAUACUUCAUUAUUUAACUAUUACUUCAGCCACUGAGUGUGUGCAAACAAAGUCAGGACACUUGCUCACUAUUAAACUGAUAUUUUUUUUAAUCUUGCUGUGCACUUAAAUAUUCAGGGAUUUCUGUGUACUUCUAUCAUAACGUGUUGGCCCAGUGUUUUAUUAGGAUCUGAACUAUUCACAUAUUAAUUGAAUGGGAACCUCCCAUAUAGGGGUUCUUACAUCUGAGCAGUCUUUGCGACUGAGGGAGAAGUGUGCGUAUUCACAGGUCUGUGAGUUUGAUUCUGUGUAUCCUCUGGUGAGGAUACUUGAAUGUGUGACUUGACAAAAUGCUAAGGAGUGUGUACGUGUGAGUGAAGGCAAUUGUACAAGGCAUGCAAAAGUACAACAUUCUAAGAUUAGUUCCAUCUCUGUGCCCUACUUGCCGGGAUGUGACUGUAUCUCAGUACCUGAUGGUGAUGGAGCAUACAGGCUGAAAGCUUGGAUUCACAAGGCAUGCACCACCAGCUGUUCAGAUAAGAAGAGCACUUACACACUUGCACAUGUCUAGGGACAGGACUUGAGUUAUUGGUGUCUACUGCUUGUAUUUAAAGGUAUGAUCCUGAAGGAUACUAAAUAUAUUUGCAAUAAGCCUCUGAGAGCUGUUCUGUGGAUUGGUCAGCUCCUCAGUUUCCUGCUCUAAGUUAAUAGCAGUCUAACAUAUUAAGCAUUUGUAUAACCAUAGUUAAUAUUUAAUGUAACCCAAUAUAAACCUCUGUGAAUUGUUCCAGGAAAAUACUAACAAUCUGCAGUUACAUGUAUCUGCAUAUGUCUACUAAACUCAAAAAGUUUACAGACCUUUUAAGCUUUUUAUAACUUUGGUGGGUGUCAAAAUUACCUAUAAGGUAAGUCAAGGGAGUUUUAAAUGGAAAACAGCUUUUUUUUUUUCCUUUGCUUUUUUUUUUUUAUUUAAUAAAAUUUAUCUAUAUCUGUUUAAUUGAAUUAUUUUAUGCCCCUUUCUUUGCCUGAAAGUUGUAACGGUAAUGAUUUGUCUAGUGCCUGAGGAGCAAGGAGGGAAUAAGAAGAUACUGGUUCACCUGUUGUAAAGAGGCUGCUUGGUAACAGCGUUUUGUGAUAGUAUUUGUGAUGCAAACUGAAUCGCUGUAGAUGGUUUCUAACCAUGUUUAUGGCUGAUCAUGGCUGAGAGGCAAGUCUUUUAAGAUGUGAUAUUGCCUGAGAUGAUACUGCAGUAUUUAGGAAAAAAUAGUCUCAUAGAACUGGAAAGCAUUUUCCUUUUGGAAGAUGUAGCAUUGCUCGUUCUUAUUAAAAAGCAAGUGAUCAUAAGUAUGUUAAUGCAAAACUAAUCACAAAUGGUAAAAUACACAUCACAUAUUUGUGACAAAAGUAGUAGUCCCCUGCGCCAGGAGAGAUUCAGGCUGGAUAUUAAGGAAAUACUACUUUUCUGAAAGAGUGGUCAGGCGCUGGAAUGGGCUGCCCAGGGAGGUGGUGGAGUCACCGACCCUGGUGAUGUUCAAGGAAUGUUUGGAUUUUGUGUUGAGGGAUGUGAUUUAGUGAGUACUAUUGGUGAUUGGUGGAUGGUUGGACUGGAUGAUCUUGAAGGUCUUUUCCAUCCUUGGUGAUUCUGUGAUUUAUGGGUAGGAUGCAAAAAUGUGAAUGAAAUUUAUCCACUAACAAAAUUGACAAAAUCACGUUAAUGGUGUACAU